AUAUCGACUCUCCCAACCCGGAAGUCUAUCUUUGUUUACUUUCUGUCAGUGGCGCGUGUUCCUUUAUGAAACAAAUGGUGUCAGCGGUUAUAAAACAAACUUGUAGUGACCGAUUGACUACUUAAGGCAAAGCAUACCAAACUUUUCAAAACACCCUCAAAAUCUGCUGGUAUAUUGAAUGUAUAUGCAUGCUCGCGGCUGCUGCACGAGUUGAAAAACGUGAUUUAAGACGGUUGUUGAAAAUAACGAGGUUAUCAAACAUGAAUUUUUUAAAAGCCAUUGGGCAAGGGCUUACAGGGGCAGGCCUUGAAAAACCAGUGUAUAAAGUUGUAGAAAAGGCAGAGGACUAUGAAGAGAGACAGUAUGCUCCUUGUAAGUGGGUGUCAACAACAGUACAGGAUAUGAGUUCGGAAGCUGCCAGGAGUACAGGAUUUUCACGGUUAUUUAAGUACAUCACCGGAGAAAAUGAAAAAGAAAUGAAGAUAGAUAUGACGGCUCCAGUGGCAACCAGGAUUGUACCUGGAGCUGGACCAAACUGUGAAAGCACAUUUACAGUAUCAUUUUACAUUCCACCUAAACACCAGGACGACCCUCCAAAACCCAAAAGUACAGAAGUUUUCAUUGAAGAUUUUCCUGAAAUGAACACGUAUGUAACUGGUUUUGGAGGAUUUUCAAGUGAUGAAGAAUGGAUAAAGAAGGCACGAGAACUGUCUGAGAAAGUGAAGGAUAAAGAUAUUCAUCAAGAGUUUUAUUUCACAGCUGGUUAUGACAGUCCUUUCAAAUUGUUUAAUAGAUUAAAUGAAGUUUGGAUGGUGAAGAAAUGAUUGUGAAAGCAGUAUAUGAAAUCUCUGAAUUGACCAUUUAGAUAUCCAGUUAAAGAAGCUCAUUCAUAGAUUUAUCAUUAACAUGAAAUUAUCACAUGGUUUCUGUUAGUAGUGUUAUGUUCUGUUAAAGUAGCAUGGGGUCCAACUCUU